AUGCAUUCAUGGGCCGACUAGGGUUCCAAAAGAACAACCAUAUAAAACCUUUCUACGUUGCAGAAAGAAGCAAGAGAGCAGCAGACGCCGGCAUCCUUGUCGACGGGGGAAACCGCUAAAGGAUCUUGGCAAUAUGACUUUCAAACGAAGGAAUGGCGGACGCAACAAGCAUGGUCGUGGCCAUGUCAAGUUCAUUCGCUGCUCUAACUGCGGCAAGUGUUGCCCUAAGGACAAGGCUAUCAAGAGAUUCCUUGUGAGGAACAUAGUGGAGCAAGCUGCUGUGAGAGAUGUUCAAGAAGCUUGUGCAUUUGAACAGUAUACACUUCCCAAGUUAUACGUGAAGAUGCAGUACUGUGUUUCAUGUGCAAUUCACUCGAAAGUCGUUAGGGUCCGAUCCCGUGUUGAUAGGAGGAACCGUGAGCCUCCAAAGCGAUUCAGUCGCCCAAGGGAUGAUCUUCCUAAGGCAGGUCAGGCACCACGCCCAGGUGGAGGUGCAGGUGGUCCUCCACCUGUUCGUACUUAAGUUGGAUGAAUGUAGCCUCUGGUUCCAAUUUGUUUUUGAAUUUUUAUUCUGUUAUGCUUUUUAUACGCUUUCUAGGUUUUGGUCUUCUGAACAUCAAGAUUGUGU